UUUAUGUUCUAAACAUAGCAUCAUUCAUCGAGGUUUAAAACUCUGUUAAGAAUGAUCCGGAACAUCAGAAGAUGCGGUCCUCCGCGUCGUCGGAACAACAUCUUCCUCAUAGUUAUGAUCUCCGUUUUGUCAACGAUCUUCAUACUGUAUAGCUUCAACGGGUCUCAAUUUCCCAAGGAGGAAAGGAUGGAGAGAAAUAUAGCGCACAUGCAAACCCGUCUCCAGUUUCUUGAGUCGUUGUACUUAGCUCGGAGUGAAGACAUUCUUAAAAUUCAGAACAAGGUCUUCCCGAGGAAAAACUACACAUAUAACGUAGUAAAGCCAACUGAGAGACAUGACCAAAUAACACCCGAAAUAGUGAUGAUGUUGAAAAAUAUGACCGGUAUGAAGUCGACAGCGGGUGUCUAUACGAAGAUUGUACCAGUGAUGCAAAAUUCUUUCAUCUUAAAAUUGCUACCUCACCUCGCGGACGUUCCUAGCAGUUUACGACCAUCGUAUCACUUGAAAUCAAAUCGCCACGGUUCGGAAUACGUUAUAGCAAUACCGACUGUGAAAAGAGAUAAGCAGAGUUACCUUAUGGUAACCUUAGAGCAUUUGGUCGGCGGCUUACGUGAAAAGGACAAAAAUGACACGCUCAUCGUCGUUUUAGUCGGCGAAUCAGAUUUAGAGUAUGUUCUUAACAUCGCCAAAGACAUAGAGACUGAAUUUCAAAAAGAAGUGGAAGAUGGGAUGAUUGAAGUGAUAUCUCCUUCUGCAACCUAUUACCCGGAUCUGGACAGCUUACCACUAAGUCUUGGCGACUCAUUGAAGCGAGUGAAAUGGCGAACUAAGCAGAAUUUGGACACCAUUUUCUUAAUGGCGUACGCUCAAACCCGAGGAACUUACUACCUUAUGCUAGAGGACGAUGUCAUCUCUAAAGAUAACUAUAUGCAGGAAAUCAAGCAGUUCGUGAGCGCCAUUACGAUAACAAAUCCGGAUUGGUUUAUUUUGGAGUUUUGUCAUGUUGGUGGCAUUGGAAAGCUAUUUAAAUCAUCGGAACUGAUAAACUUUAUAGUAUAUGUGCAACUUUUUUACAAAAACAUGCCGAUUGAUUGGUUGGUAGAAAGCUACCUCGCUGAUCGGGUGUGCACCAUUGACAAAUACUCGAACGCUUGUGCGAAGAAUAAAAUGCAAAUCUGACCCAAAUAUAAAUCGUCCUUAUUCCAACACAUUGGCUUGUACUCGUCGCUUAAAGGAAAGAUUCAGAAAGUUAAGGAUCCCCGCUACGGCAAGCUGCCAUUGUUUUAUCCUCAUGACAACCCGAUUUUGAAAUUCGUCCGUGUAACAAUCAAAGAAAAAGGCCAAUAUACGGUAAAGAAUGCAUACGAAGGCAAAUCAUUCUUUUGGGGCCUUCGCCCUAAAAGGGGUGAAGUCAUCGAGUUCUGGUUUGCAAAGCCAACGCGGAUUUCAGGCUAUACCUUUAGAAGCGGCAACGUCGAACACCAAGCUGACAAAUUUUACGACACUGUCGUAGAAGUUUACACCAUGAACUCUAGAAACUUUUUCAUCGUGGAUCGUUUUGAUGAGUUCGGAUUGGCUGAUGGGAAACUCGACUAUAAUAUGGGCCCUCUUUUGGCUAUUCGCCUUCGAGUUAAUAAGGAUAGCCUUUACUGGGUUGUUCUUUCCGAGAUCGAGCUGAAAACACAUUUCGAUAAAAAAUAUUCUCGAAAGUUGGAUAUGAUGGAGACAACUUGGAGCGGAAUGGCUAAGAAUUAUUUGCCUGGUCAAAAGUUUCCAAAGCCAUUUGAAAAGGCUUUGGUAUAAAUGUGUUAGUUGAGAAUUUCGAUAUAUCAUGUUCUUUACAUUUGAAUUUGUACCCUUGCGAUCUAAACUGACUAAUGUUUCACUUUUAAUACAAAGUAAAAAAAAAGUACCAAAAAAAUAUAAGUGUUAGAAUUAAGGGCGA